AUGAAGGCGGCGAAGCGGGGAGCGAAGGCGCCUCGUGCUGGUGGCGGGCGGGGGGAUCUCAGCGGCCCGCAGAUGCCACCCACCGUCAUCUCUGACUCGCGGUUCGCCGCGCUCCACUCCGACCCGCGCUUCGCGCGCGUGCCGGUGCGCGAGACGCGUGUGGCGGUGGACGCGCGGUUCUCCGGCAUGUUCCGCAACGCGCAGUUCGGCGAGGCGGGCGGCGUGGACAAGCGCGGCCGGCGGCGCGAGGCGCAGCGAGGGGCCGACCUGAAGCGGUACUACCGCGUGGAUGAGGGGGAAGAGGGGGAGGCGGGGGAGGGGGAAGGGGAGGUGAAUGAGGGAAGCGGGGAGAAGGAAAAGCAGGUAGAAGCAAGGGCGCGUAAGGAGGAGGAGGAGGAGGAGGAGGAGGAGGAGGAGGAGGAGGAGGAGGAGGAGGAGGAGGAGGAGGAGGAGGAGGAGGAGGAGGAGGAGGAGGAGGAGGGGGAGGUGCAUGAGAGUGAUGAAGAAGAGGAGGGGGAGGGCUUAGAUGACUCGUCCUCCUCGUCCUCCUCCUCAUCAGACUCGGAGAGUGAGAGCGAUGAAGAGGCUUCAACCCCACAGGUGCUUGCCUUACUCCCACCCCUCUCUUCUCGCCUUUUCCCUCUGCACCGCUCCAUUUUCCCACCACCACAUGCUGCUUCGGUCGCUCCCCACUCCCACUCAUCUUUGCUCCACCCGCUCCUCUCUCCCCUCAUCGCCCCACAUCCCGCGCUGCCCCUUGUCGCACCGCCGUCUAUCCCGGGCGGCAGCAGCAGGAGGAGGAGCGAGUGGAGACGGUGGAGGAGGCAACGAGGCGCCUGGCGCUCGUCAACAUGGACUGGGAUAACGUGCGGGCAAGGACAUGGGAGGGGAGCAGGCAUGGACAUGGGAGGGGAGCAGGCAAGGACAUGGGAGGGGAGCAGGCAAGGACAUGGGAGGGGAGCAGGCAAGGACAUGGGAGGGGAGCAGGCAAGGACAUGGGAGGGGAGCAGGCAAGGACAUGGGAGGGGAGCAGGCAAGGACAUGGGAGGGGAGCAGGCAUGGACAUGGGAGGGGAGCAGGCAAGGACAUGGGAGGGGAGCAGGCAAGGACAUGGGAGGGGAGCAGGCAAGGACAUGGGAGGGGAGCAGGCAAGGACAUGGGAGGGGAGCAGGCAUGGACAUGGGAGAGGAGCAGGCAAGGACAUGGGAGGGGAGCAGGCAAGGACAUGGGAGGGGAGCAGGCAAGGACAUGGGAGGGGAGCAGGCAAGGACAUGGGAGGGGAGCAGGCAAGGACAUGGGAGGGGAGCAGGCAAGGACAUGGGAGGGGAGCAGGCAAGGACAUGGGAGGGGAGCAGGCAUGGACAUGGGAGGGGAGCAGGCAAGGACAUGGGAGGGGAGCAGGCAAGGACAUGGGAGGGGAGCAGGCAAGGACAUGGGAGGGGAGCAGGCAAGGACAUGGGAGGGGAGCAGGCAAGGACAUGGGAGGGGAGCAGGCAAGGACAUGGGAGGGGAGCAGGCAAGGACAUGGGAGGGGAGCAUGGGGAAGAGCAGAGCCAUGCACAGUGGCUGGACUACUUCCGUGCUCCCUCUUGCCGCACGCUCACUGCCAUCUCACUGGACAUCCUGGUGGUGCUGCGCUCCUUCGUGCCGCCCGGCGGGCGCAUCACAGCCGUCACCGUGUACCCCUCUGACUUCGGCCGCCAGCAGAUGCACGCCGAGCUUGAGCGCGGCCCCCAGGGGCUCUUCCAGGCGGGCAGGGGGGCAAAGGGGACGGCAGGCAGGGGGCCUCAGGUGCAGGGGGGUGAGGGCGGUGAAGAGGAGGAGGAAGGGGAGAGCAGUGAGGAGGGCGAGGGCGUGGAUGCGGAGAGGCUGAGGGAGUACGAGAAGUCCAAGCUCAGGUACUACUACGCGGUGGUGGAGUGUGACAGCGCGGGCACGGCGGCACACGUGUAUGGGGAGUGUGACGGCAUGGAGUUUGAGAACAGCGCCAACCAGCUCGACCUGCGCUUCAUCCCCGACGCCAUGACCUUCAACCACCGACAGCCCCGCGACUCCUGCACCCAGGUGCCAGGGGACUACGAGGCACCGGUGUUCACGACGCGGGUGCUGCAGCACAGCACCGUGAAGCUCACGUGGGACGAGGACGAGCCCACCCGCGUGCGAGCGCUGCGCCGCAAGUUCGCCUCCGACCAGGUGGCGGAUCUGGACUUCCACGACUACCUCGCCUCGUCCUCGGGCGAGGACGAGGAGGAGGAGGGGGGAGAGGAGGAAGAGGAGGAAGAGGAGAAAGAGGAGGAGCAGGACGAGGAGGAAGAGAGAAAGGAGAAUGGUGGCAGGAAGGAGGAGGGAAAGAAGAAGGGCGGAGGGACAAGAGAGAAGCUGAGGAUGCUGUUGAAGGGGCUGGCGGGGGAUGGCGGAGGCAAGGGGAAGAAGGGGAAGGGGAGACUGGGAGAGGCAGAGGGGGAGGAGUCGGAUGGGGAGGGGUGGGGGUCAUCAGGGGUGGAGGGCGACAUGGAGGUCACGUUCAGCACGGGGCUGGCGGCGCUGGGCGACAAGCUGGCGCGGCGCCGCAGCGAGCAGCAGCGCGUGGGCAGCGAGACGGUGUUUGAGGCGUACCAGCGGCAGCGCAAGGAGCGCCGCAAGGAGCGCCGCCGCCUGGCCGAGGCGAGCAAGGCGGCAGGAGGGGGCGCAGGGGGGAGUGCGGAGGGGGAGGCAGGAAGCGACGACGAUUUGUACGACAGCAGGCGCGUGCAGCAGGAGGACGACCCGUUCUUUGCCCUGCCCGCAGAUGAGGACCCCUUUGCUGAUCCCUUCUUUGCCUCCACUCAUGCCGGUGCUGCUGCGGGCAACGGAGGGGCUGGAGGGGUGAAGGGAGUGAAAGCAGGGAAGAGUGAGUAUGAGAGGAAGGCGGAAGAGCGCGAGAGGAAGAGGGCGGAGCGGGAGCGGGAGAGAGCAGAGGAGGAGAGGCGGCGGGCGGAGCUGGAGCUGCUGCUGAUGGAGGGGGGCGAGGGCGCGGGGGUGAAGGGGUUCAACCUCAAGGCGGACGCGCGCAAGGCCAGGGAGCAGCGCCGGGUGCAGGGAAGAGGGGCGAGGGGGGCGCAUGGCGCAGCGGGGGAGGAGGAGGCUGACGGGGAGGGAGGAAGAGCGCGGUCGGUGGGUGGUGGGGGCAAGGUGGGGAGGGGCGGAAGGGAGGGGAGGAGUGUGGAGCAGGCGGGGCAGGAGGCGGGGCGGGGUGUGGACGUGGACGUGAAUGACCCGCGCUUCGCUGCGCUCUUCACCUCUCCGCACUUCGCCAUCGACCCCACCCACCCCCGCUUCCUCAAGUCGUCAGCCCCGCAGCGCCUGAUAGCGGAGAAGCAGCGCCGCCGCGUGCCAGGUGGCGCAGCGGGCGGGGGAGCAGCGGGUGGUGGCGGGAGUGGCAGCAGUGGCAGGGGUUCCGCCAGCCAUGCGGGGGGGGUUCCAGGGGGGCUGGCAGGUGGGCGGGGGGCUGGGGAUGGGGAGGAGGGGAAGGGUGCGGGUAGUGGCAGGGCGGAGCUGAGUGUGGUUGUGAAGAGCCUCAAGCGCAAGAUGGGGCAGAGCACACACACGGCACGGCCGGGAACAGGGAAGGCAGCGCCAGGGACAGGCAAGGCGGAGGGCCUGAAGAGGCAAAAGAAAUGA